AUUGUGCGAGUUAGUAUGCAGUCCCGUGCGGAUGAGAAGUUCAAGAUCAGUUUUAAUGCUUACAUCAUUGAUUCAAUCACGUCUAUGACUCCUGCCACUACUAUAGACAUCAGGACCAGCCAUCAUUUAAAUGGUCUUCGUUUGGCAGAUCCGGCGUUCGGUAUACCAGGUCACGUAGAACUACUGAUUGGCGCAGAUAUUUGGCCUGCCCUUGUAUUAAACGAUGUUGUUGUCGGUUCUCAUAACGAACCAAGCGCAUUACACACUCGUCUCGAAUAUGUAGUGCUUGGUCCAGUAGCAUCGAACGAGUCGAAACCAGUCUUACUUUCAUCUCUUAUGGACGUUCAAGAUGAUUCUACCACCGAUAAACUUCUACGAAAAUUUUGGAAAAUCGAAGAACCUCCUGACAGCACCAAGGCAGAGGUGGACGAAUGUGAAGAGAUUUUCGCCAGAACGGUUACGCGACUUCCAAAUGGUCAGUAUAUUGUACAGAUCCCGUUUCGAUUUGAUGCACCUGCCCUCGGAAACUCACAUCCGGCGGCACUUCGACAAUUUUUGAAACUAGAGCGGAUUUUGGCAAACGACUACGCACUGAGGGAGAAAUACGUGGAAUUCAUGAGGGAAUACAUCAAGUUGGGAUACAUGGAGGCGAUAGAUGGUUCUCCAGAUGGCAUGGGAAGCUGUUAUUACAUCCCUCACUAUGCUGUUACGACUAAAUUCAGAGUAGUGUUUAAAGUAACAACCAACGGCGGUUACAAAACGGUACGGUAUGGCAAGCAGUCUUUUUAAUGCUAUUAGAACAUUGAGGCAGUGUGCCUAUGAUACUUGGGAAGUGAUCGCUGACGUCAGCCGGGCAGCCGCAGCGCGGGACAGCAUCCUUCAUAGCUUUUAUGUUGAUGAUUAUUUGAAAAGUGCUCACACGACAGAACUGGCCAUCAACCGUGCAAGCGACGUUGAUGCCAUUCUUCAACAAGGUAAAUUUGAAUUAGAUAAAUGGAACUCCAACUGCGUCCAGACCCUGGAAGGAAUCAGUGGCUCUAAGGCGUCUGCAUCGGAGAUAAAUUUUAGCGAUUCCAGCACAACAGUAUUGGGCCUACACUGGAAUCCUAUUACUGAUACCUUAUUUUUCAAGGUUAAGGUAUGUAACUUUGACACAAUUCCUACUAAACGGUGUUUUGAGUGAUAUUGCAAGGUUGUAUGAUCCAUUGGUGAUGCUGGCACCAGUUGUCAUGACGGCCAAGAUAUUCGUUCAAAAUCUAUGGUUGGCGAAGUUGAGUUGGGAUACGCCUCUACCAUCUGAUCUUCGUGAGACUUGGAUGAAAUACCGGAACAGCCUACAGGGUCUUGAAAAUAUCUAAAUAUCACGAUGGCUAGGAAUCAAGGAAAAUUCUGUAUCGACGCUGCAUGGGUUUUGCGAUGCGAGUACCAAAGCUUACGCAGCAGUUAUUUACUUGCGGAAUACCAGUGCUGACGGAACAUGCCAUACAUCCUUGAUUGCCGCAAAAACAAGAGUUGCGCCAUUGAAGGAAAUGACGAUCCCUCGUCUAGAGCUUUCUGCAGCUCAACUAUUAACAUCAUACGUCGUGCUUUGCAGUUUGUCGUCACUUCCGAAAUCCCGCGUUAUGGUUGCCCCACCGUUUACCCAUACCGGGUUGGACUAUUGCGGUACACUCAACGUUCGUCAUGGAGGAAAGCGAUCCACUACAAUGACUAAAACUUACGGCGCAAUUUUCAUUUGUAUGGCUCCAAAGGCCGUACAUAUCGAACUUGCGGAAGAUUUGUCAAGUCAGGCGUUUAUCGAUGUGUUUGAUCGCUUCAUAAGCCGACGCAGCAUAUGUUCGGUUCUUUAUAGCGACAAUGGAACGCAAUUUGUAGGUGCUAGUCGGGUUAUGAAUCAAGACCUACAAAGUUGGAGAAAUAUAUACGCAACUCAGCAUAUAGCAUCUUCCGGAACGCAAUGGAAAUUCAUCACUCCAGCCGCACCCCAUCAUGGAGGUCUUUGGGAGGCAGCUGUACGUUCAGCAAAAAAACAUCUCUAUCGCACAAUUGGUCGCCAAAUCUUACGCUUCAAUCAACUAAGUACUCUACUAGUUAGGAUUGAAGCCUGUUUGAAUUCCAGGCCUCUCGUUCCUCCUCACGAUGAUCCCAGUGGGAGUUACGCUCUCACACCUAGCGACUUUCUUAUUGGUCGACCGCUCAAUGCGAGACCGGAACCAGCUGUUGUGGAUGUUCCAAUAAAUCGUCUUUUAUAUUCUCAGCAAUUACAAAGAAUGUUCGAACACUUCUGGAAGCGUUGGAACUAUGAAUAUUUAUCGGAAUAUAACAGUGACAAACGUACACCUGAAGGACUUUUUGUAAAACACUACUGCCAACGUCCAGUGCAAAAGUUUUGCCGUAGAAGGUUCAGCCGGGGAGGAAUGUUAACGAUUCAUCAUAAGUUCAAUUAACUUGAGAGAUUUAUGCUAUACAAUUUGGCAGCACCAUUCUCUAGGUACAAUCUGGCAUCAUCAUUAUCAGCUGGCGCAUUUUAGGUUCGGCAUUUCUAUCGUUGUUUGGGUCAGACCAUUGUGAAGCACACAAGAACAACAGGAAUCACCGUUAGCAGGUUAUGCGUUUAGCUUUAGCAUAUCAUUCUACUGUUGUUUUGUCAGGCCAUUUUGCCGUAUGCAAUAACCACUUUGUUAUUUUCGUCGGUUCGCUUACAUACUAAUUUUCUAUAUAAGCAUAAGUUUAGCAUAAGAUUAAGUUCAGUUGUUUGUCAAAGGAAUUGGAU